UUGUUCACAUUUCAUUUCAUUAGCAAAUAGCUUGAAUUCUUGAAAUAUGAAAACUUUGUAGAAAAAUUUAAUAAACAUUUUUUCUAAAAAUGGCUAUGAAGCGUUUUCUACAUCAUGAUACCCAAACUGUGCAGAUAAAUCAACAAACAGAAAAUCCUUUGAAGAAAAUUAGAAUUACUUCAAAAAGUCUUAUAUUAGAAAAUAUCACAUCGAGUAAACAGGCUUUAAAACUUCUGAUCAAUACAAUAGAUGGAGAAAAUACAGAUAAUUUGUCAAUUAAAACACUUAGCGAACACUUUCGUAAUGAAGAAGAGUCAGUUGUACGCGUUAAAGUUUUGUCCAUUUUCAGUGAAUUUUGCUUGAAUAGAUUAUUUGACCCGUGCAACGCUGUGGACGAAAUUGUUUCUCUAAUGAAGGAGGAAAAAUCAACAAAAGUUAUUUGUCAAGGUUUGAAUAGCUUGUACAAGAUUGGAAAACUGCAAGGACUUUCUAAACCCUAUUUGAAUAAAAUAACAGCGUUUGCACAAGAAAGGUUAUUAUGCGAAAGCCACAAUAUUCAAAGGCAUUCUUUAUUAAUAUUAGGAGCGCUGUCAGAGAUAUCUUAUGCUGAAAGCACGAUUUUAAAUCUAGUAGGUCAGUAUACCGAUUCUCAAGAUUCACGAGUUCGAACACAGGCUUUUAAUUCAUUACUAAAUCUUGGUCGAAAUGGGGUCUUAUUACCAACAUCUCUGUUUACUAGAUGCUGUAAUGGCUUGGCUGAUGACUGCGAAUGUGUUAGAAAAGAAGCAUUGCAUUUGUUAUUUGAAAUAGCUUCAAGACAUCCAGAAGCGAUGAUUACGUUACCCGAUACAGAUAGUGACAUUCGUCUGAUUGAUGCAGCUUUUGAAAAAGUUUGUUCUGCUUUAUGUGACUUUUCUUUGCAAGUGCGUAUUCUGGCUGCAGAACUUUUGGGUAAAAUGACUCAAGUUAGUCAAGAAUUUCUUCAUCAAACUUUGGAUAAAAAACUUAUGAGUAAUUUGAAGAGAAAGAAAAGUUUACACGAAAGAUGUUCAGAAAAUUUCGCUAAAGGGGAAUGGUCAACUGGUAAAAAAUGGAUGGAUGAUGCACCCAAAGAACAAGUUGAGGCUAACACAGUUUCUUUGAUUGCUUCUGGUGCCUGUGGGGCACUCGUUCACGGAUUAGAGGACGAAUUCGUUGAAGUAAGAACUGCUUCGGUAGACUCCAUGUGUAAAUUAGCGCUGAUAAAUCCAGAGUUCGCAAUGCAAUCCUUAGAUUUUUUGGUGGAUAUGUUUAAUGAUGAAAUAGAAGAUGUUCGAUUGAAAGCUAUAUACAGUUUAAUUAUUAUAUCAAAUCACAUAAUGUUGCGUGAAGAUCAAUUGGAAAUAAUGCUCAGUUCUUUAGAAGAUCAUUCCACAGAUAUUCGCGAAGGUCUUCAUUUAAUGCUCGGGUCUUGUAAAGUUUCAACACAUACAUGCUUAUUAAUGGUAGUUCAUAAAGUUUUAAGUGUUCUUUCGCAAUAUCCUGAAGAUAAAUUUUCAGCUUACGGUUGUAUGCAGAAAAUUGGUGAAAAACAUUCUGAAAUAUGCAUGACAUUAACGCCGCAGUUAUUAUUGGAUCAUCCGUGCUUUGAUUGCGCCGAAAGAGAUGUUGAGGAUCCAUCAUACAUUUGCAUUUUAAUAAUGUUGUUUAACGCUGCAGUGCAUAAAACGGCAAUGUUAAAUUUAUUUCCUGAUGUAACCAUCAAACAUUACUUUUAUUUGAGAGAUACGAUGCCAAAUUUAGUUCCUCAUUUACCAAUUGAAGGAAUAUCAUCCCCAAUUUUAUUAACAACAUUAACGGGUUCAAGUCAGUUUUUAGAAACAAUUUCCAACAGUAUUCAUGCGUUUUGCAAAACUUCAAAAGCAAGGUCAACUCUUUUAAAAGCUACUUUAGAUAAAUUAAGUAGAUUAGCUGAAAUUGAUUAUUUAAUGUCAGGAGCAGCUCUUUUCACAGCAACAUUUUUGGAAGCACAAUUAUUGAUAGAACAAUUACGAAUGUGUGCGCUUAAUCAUCAAAGCAGGGUACCUUCUAAAAGCUCAUUGUCACAACUUAUGAAAAAUUGCUUAAAGUUACAAAAUCUGUUUUCGGGCCUUUCGGUAGAUGAUUUGCUACACGUUAAAGAAAUAAGUCUUCGAGCGAGUGCAAUUCAUUUGAUUCUAGUUGUAAAAGAUAGAUCUCAAAGUGCUUUGAGUUCAUGUCAAUUGUUACUUCAUAUUGCAUCUGAUAUACGAAAUUUUCUGCAUUUGAAUACGAGUAAGACACCAGACAAUUUGACAACGGUACUACUGAAUAAACUAUCUAAUAUCAACGACCCAAAACCAGGUCGUGUUUUUAGAGAAAUUUGUCCAAUAGUUCAAAAUGCGUCCCCAAUUGUCACUCCAAAGAUCAAUAUAGAUAUUAGAAUGUGUAAGGCCAGGAUUACUGAGCCUUCGACAGCAGCUUCAAUGGAAAACAUCCUCAAAGUAACAGCUGGUUUGAUUGCGGCCUUUAAUUUAGUUGCUGAAAUCGAAAAUCUUGAAGAAGCGCAAAGGGAAGAUUUAAGAUUGAAAAUAAAAUAUCCUGAUCAAAAUGUCCACAUCGUUUCACCUAGAACGGCUGACUUGAAACGAACUUUAAGCGAAACUGGGGAAAUCAAAAAAAAUCAUUGGCGUUUGCGAACUACUGUCCUACUUUCUCACGGCGUCUGGACCGAAUCCUCAUUUGUGGAAAUUACUUUAUGUUUAUUUGUUCGUCCUACAGAAUUGGAACUAAGUAAACCAAUCAAAAUCUUAUUUUCUCCAAAACCUGUUCGGAGAGGAUUUUAAAAAUUCAUUUUUUUUUUUAAUUUAGGAAACUUUGAAAUAAAGAAAUAGUUUUCUACGAAAUUUUUAACUA